UUUGUAAAAUCUUCUCUUUCAUCUCACUAAAUUCUCCAUAUUGAUCUGAGUGCAAAUUAAUUUGAUGAUUAAGAUGAAUAAGAAUUUAUUACUGCUUUAGCAAAUUGCACUAAUCUUUCAAAUUUAACACUUAAUUAUAGGGCUAAUUAUAUUGGUGCAACAGGUGCAUCAAAUCUAGUUUCUGCUUUAGCAAAUUGCACUAAUCUCUCAAAUUUGACACUUUAUCUUUUUAACAAUCAAAUUGGCGAUUAAGGUGCAUCGGACUUAGGUUCAGCUUUAAUAAAUUGCAAUAAUCUCUCAAAUUUAACACUUGAACUUUAUUACAAUUUAAUUGGUGCAACAGGUGCAUCAGGCUUAGGUUCUGCUUUAGCAAAUUGCACUAAUCUUACAAAUUUGACACUUGAUCUUAGAUAAAAUUAUAUUGGUGCAACAGGCGCAUUAAAAUUAGGUUCUGCUCUAGCAAAUUGCUCUAAUCUUUCAAAUUUGACACUUGAUCUUUAUAACAAUUAAAUUGGUGAUUAAGGUACAUCAGACUUAGGUUCUGCUUUAGCAAAUUGCACUAAUCUUACAAAUUUGACACUUGAUCUUAGUGACAAUUAAAUUGGUGAUUAAGGUGCAUCAGACUUAUGUUCUACUUUAGCAAAUUGCACUAAUCUUUCAAAUUUGGCACUUCAUCUUUGGUUUAAUAAAAUUUGCUCAAAAGGUAUAUAAGACUUAGGUUCUGCUUUAGCAAAUUGCACUAAUCUUUCAAAUUUGGCACUUUAUCUUCGUGGCAAUUAAAUUGGUUAAGGUGCAUCAGACUUAUGUUCUACUUUAGCAAAUUGCACUAAUCUUUCAAAUUUGACACUUCAUCUUUGUGACAAUUAAAUUGGUGAUUAUAGUGCAUCAAAAUUAAGUUCUGCUUUUACAAAUUUCACUAAGCUCUCAAAUUUAACACUUGAUCUUAGAAUUAAUUAAAUUGGUGCAAAGGGUGCAUCUUACUUAGGUUCUGGUUUAGAAAAUUGCAUUGAUCUCUCAAAUUUGACACUUUACCUUAAGGAGAAUAACAUACGCGAUGAAGGUGCAUCAGGCUUAGGUUCUGGUUUAGCAUAUUGCAUUAAUCUCUCGAAUUUGACACUUAAUCUUAAGUACAAUCAAAUUGGUGAUGAAGGUGCAUCAGGCUUAGGUUCUGGUUUAGGAAAUUGCAUUAAUCUCUCAAAUUUGACACUUAACUUUGAGUACAACCAAAUUGGUGCAAUUGGUGCAUCAGGCUUAGGUUCUGGUUUAGGAAAUUGCAUUAAUCUCUCAAAUUUGACGCUUAACUUUGAGUACAAUCAAAUUGGUGAUGAAGGUGCAUCAGGCUUAGGUUCUGGUUUAGGAAAUUGCAUUAAUCUCUCAAAUUUGACACUUAACAUUCGUAGCAAUAAAAUUGGUGAUGAAGGUGCAUCAGGCUUAGGUUCUGGUUUAGGAAAUUGCAUUAAUCUCUCAAAUUUGACACUUAACAUUUGUGGUAAUAAAAUUGGUGACAAAAAUGCAUCAUGCUUAGGUUCUGGUUUAGGAAAUUGCAUUAAUCUCUCAAAUUUGACACUUAACCUUGAGUAAAAUAAAAUUGGUGCAAAGUGCGCAUCUGGCUUAGGUUCUGGUUUAGGAAAUUGCAUUAAUCUCUCAAAUUUGACACUUAACCUUUAUUGCAAUAAAAUUGGUGAUGAAGGUGCAUCAGGCUUAGGUUCUGGUUUAGGAAAUUGCAUUAAUCUCUCAAAUUUGACACUUUACCUUAAGUAGAAUUAAAUAGGCGAUGAAGGUGCAUCAGGCUUAGGUUCUGGUUUAGGAAAUUGCAUUAAUCUCUCAAAUUUAACACUUUACCUUAAUUUCAAUAAGAUUGGUUAUGAAGGUGCAUUAGGCUUAGGUUCUGGUUUUACAAAUUGCAUUAAUCUCUCAAAUUUGUCACUUUGCAUUAAGUCAUUCACUGCCAAUAGAAAUCUCAGUAUAAAAAAUUAAUUAAAUCUUUAUGAAUUUGUAGAAAAGAUAUUAAAAAGAAAUAAUAAAUAAAUCAGUAAACUUUACUUUUUAAUUAUGGAAGUAGAGUUCAUUGAUAUAAAGCAUGGAGUUCCUCAAAAUGACUUUUCCAUUCAAAUUGAAGAAUAAAUUUCAGAUAAUUUUAAAGUAUUAUAAUGCUAAUCCUAAAAAAAUUCUCUUUGUUACGAAAAAACCAUAUCAAUUAGAUAAAAAAAUAAAUACAAUUAGCAGUAAAAGUCUAUUCCUCUUAAGAAAGCGAAUGGAAUCAAAAAAAAUAAAAAAAAGCUUAAAAACCAACAAUACAUUAUCAAAUAAAUAUUAAACUUUGAGAAGGAUUUAUAAAUAUCAGCUGGAUUGACUCUGAGUAAUCAGGGAAUCCUUAAAUUUGGCUUUUCUUUAGGACAUGUUAGUUUUGGUUAUUCAUAAACAUAAUUCAUCAAAUUUCUACAAAAUGAUUAAAUAUUUUAGAAUCACAUGAUCGACAAUGAAUAAGCACCUAAAAUUUCUGUAGAACAAGCUUUAGAGUAUAUUUUGCAUACACCUUGCAAAUAAGUAUAGGAAGCUAGAGAUGCAUUAGUUUUUUAUAAAGAUGUUUGGAAACUACUAUUUAAUGUAGUAGAAUCUGUAGAGAUAAAUUAAGAAUCAAUCAAAAUUUAGAAUGAAGAAUUCUAAAAGCAUAUAGAGUCUUGCAACGAAUAUAUUAAACAAUAUGUAAAGGAUAAUUAAGGGUAGAUGUUUUAGUAUUCAAUUGGUAGAAUCAAUUUUUAGAAAAAAGGAGUAGAAAUUAUAUAAGCUGGAUAUUCUAAGCCUUUUUUGGAUUUGAUUGGAGUCAAUGAAUAGAGCUUGAGCUCUUUAUUAUUGAGAAACUAAAAAAUAGAGCUAAUCAAAGAUUAAGACGAAAUAAUGAGAAUAUCAUUAAUAGGUUUAACAAAACAUAGUCAAAGUUUAAAAGAAAUAAAAACAUCUUUUAAAAUAAACACUUUUGAUGGAUUUGAUAUUUUGCUUCAUUAAACAAAGAAACAAGUAAUUCCUAAUUACUAAGCUAAGAAAUUGUUUAAUCUACCUUUUGAAUAUAUUUUUUGUAUUGCUGUAUUUGAUGUUGAAUUAGAAGAUUUGAAAAAUUUGAUAGAAUAUCGAUAAAAAAUUAUUUCUAGCCAAAAGAAUCUUACUUUUGAUGAAUUUAUUAAUAAGGAACUUUCUCUUCUUUUUGAAAAUGUUGAGUAUUCAGUCUUAUCUUAAUAAUUUAUAGAAAAAUUUUACCAAGAUAAUUUAAGAGAACUUUAAAAAUUAGAAAAAAUUAAGUAAAAAAAUGAAAUAAGAUGUGGCUAUAAAACUGUAUAGUUCUCAUCAAACUCAUUAUCUUAAAUUAAAGUUAUAUAUAAAUGA